GCUGAGUAAUAUUCCAUUGUAUAUGUGUACCACAUGUCUUCAUCCGUUCCUCUGUCGAUGGACAUUUAGGUUGCUUCCAUGUCUUGGCUGUUGAAAAUGGUCUUAAGGGUGAUUAGUCUGGCAGAAUUAGGCUCUUUGGAUGGGAGAUCCUGUGGGGAUGGUAGAAAGGUAGAACUGGAAAAAACAGUGUUCCACUGGAUAUUUUCUUCCUUAUAGGAGACUUUUGGGAAAUUUAAAUAUGAGUUACUCUGUUCAAGCAUAGACAGGCAAGGUGACUGAAGUAGGAAAAGAAGAAAAGAAAAAGUCAAUUAGUAUAUUUAAUAAUUUUGUAAGGUGUUAUUCAUCUGGGAAGUAAACUAUUAUUACUGUAAAUGAAGUUUAAUCACAUACUUUAUUAUGAAUACUUUAGCAGUGGGAGAAAUAGUAUAAAUGUAUUACAAGAGGCCAUAAAGGGAAUUAUAUUAAGAAAACAUUGCCAAAUACCAGAACAUUACUAAAUAUUAGAACUGGAACAUAUAUGCAGAAAACACAAGAUACUGUUGCAUCUAUUCUCAGGGCAGAGGGAGAAGUUCGAGUUGGGGAAUAGGAAUUGACUUGUGAUUAGACAAGAAAAGAAACUAGGAGAACUGGGCUAGAGAGAGCCAUGCGAGGCAGGCUUCAUCUGUCCCUAGAAACCAGUACUCGUGAACCAUGGGCCGCAUGGUCCAGCUGCUCCUGGGGACCAGGCCGUCAAGUGUCACCGAUGAACAAGUGUAGGCAUAAACCUCUGGAAACCAGGACUGCUUAGGUCGGCUGAGUCAUCUCUUCACCCUCACUCUCACUGUCCUUUCUCCCACUAUAGUUACUCUGAAAAGACUAAGCCAACCUUUUUUCUAGCCUGACCACCUUUAGUUUUGAAACUGGUAUCAAAAAUGGUUAAACAAUCAUUCCCGUGCGAUGCUAAGAAAUAAAUAAUAGAGCUCUUAAGCCUGCUAUUUUAAAAUACAACAAAUAUUUUUCUUUAGGUCUUGGAAACUGUUACAAAAGUAGUUAUGGUCCCUGUGUGAAAAGGGGUUUUCAUGUGUAAUUAUAUGUAUAUAAAAAAAGACAGCACUGUUUCCCCACCAGCAUUUCUGAAAUGGUGAUAUGUUCUCCCGGGGGGUAGGCAUGAGGAAUAUGAUAGUCCAAAACGAGAAUGCCAGAUGCCUUCCUGUUCUCCAUUUCCUUUGCUUUUAUUAUUCAACCCCGCUGCUUGAAGAGUCUAAGCCCCAGUUGUCUUUCAGCCCAGCUGUUAAAAUUUUAAAACUGUGUAAAUAACAAGGGGGCAUAACAUAUUUUGAGCUUCUCUCUUUUUGUCUGUUGACAUGCGUGGUUUCCUCAGUCCAGUUAAGUGUUAAACUGGUUUUCCAUUGUGACUCUGACUUUCAUAUAUGAUAUACUCCCAUGGUCAUACCAAUAUUUUUACAAAACCAGAAAAAAUUUUCCCGAUGUCAUUGUAACUAAGUGUGAACAUCCACAUGGUUACUUCUAGUCAGUUAUUUGCUAGAUACUAGAGUCAUAAUUCACCUCUGAUCGCAUUAUGUGUUUAUUUUCUUCGUUAAGUAAUUGGUGGGCUUUAUUAAAAGUCAGUUUCUUAGAAGAAAGUUUCUCAGUUAGGUUGUCUAAAUGGAGGGGAUUUUUAUCUGUGUGUGAAGCAGAUUAAAUAAACUAAUACUCAGAAUCUAUUUAGCAAUAAGGAGCCCUGUCACAUAUAUUGAAAAACCAACACAGUUGUAUUAAAAAUUGCCCCAUCUCUUCAAUCCAAAGAAAUUGUAUUCCUUUCCUAGGCAAAUCUGUUAUGAAAUUUAUGUUGAUAGCUUUAGAAUUUUAUUUCUGUUUCUUGGCUUAUAAUUUAUAAUAUCCAUGUGGAUUAAGUGUAAUUCUGAGAGUAUAAUCUUAAGUCUGUUAUGGUUGAAGUCAGAUUUGAAAUCUGUGGAUAAUAUGCCUUUUUUUCUAACAAUGCAUUAGGAUAUUCCUACCCUCUCUUAAUCUUUUUGGGUGAUUCUAUUUUUCUUUCCAGGGAAUAUUUCAUUUGCCAGUGAGUUUAUGUUGCAAAGUUUUCUGCUAAAAUUCAAGAGCAUAUUUAUCAAUGCAAGUACUAGAUAGGCAUUGACAAAGGUAAAUAGGGAUUUUACCUUCAAAUGCUUUAGUGUAUGAUAUUAUGUCACUUAAAACCUAAUAUAUCUGUUUUCUACAUACAUAAAUUACAACAUAGAUGAUUUUAGUGAAGAAGGAAACUAUUAGUUAUUUCUAUUUCUGUGUAAAACCCAGGCCAAAACUUGCUGGCUUUAAAAACAACAAAUUAAUUUUUUCUUAGAGUUCUGUGGGUUGCCUGGGCAGUUUGCUGGAUCUCUCACCUGAACUCACUCAGGCUUACUCAGGCAUUGAAUUCAGAUGAUGGCUGGAUGAUCCAAAGUGGCUUAACUCACGUAUCUGGUAAUUGGUGCUUGCUAUCAGCUGGGGUACCUUGGUUCUUCUCCAGAUGACCUUUUAUCCUCUGUGAGGCUAGAGUUAUAGCAUGAUGAUCUCAGAGCAGGACUCCAUGAUAGCCAAAUCUAAUGCAAAAGCACUUAUUAAACCUCUGCUUGCUUCACAUUUGUCGAUGUGACAUUGGCAAGUCACAUGGCCAAGAGUCUUAUGGGAGUGGGCUUAGAUGGCAUCUCUUGAUGGCAGGAAUGCCAGAGAAUUUGUCCCCAUUUUUUCUCUAUACUGGAAGCUUUUCCCCCCUCUUCUAAAAACCUAUCCUUUUUCCUUUGUAAGUAAACCGUAAUCCCAAAUUGGAAAGGUAUUGCCUGGUCCCCUUACUUUGGCAUGGCUAACAUGGAAGCAUUGUUUGCAAACAAAAACAUGUAUCAUUAGGAAACAAGGGUUAAAAUGUAAACAUUUCAAUUGACUAAUGACAAAAGUAGUCAUUAAGUUAACAGAUUAACAUUUAUUCUUUUUUUUUAAGUCAUGCUUAUGAUUACCAUACAUGCCAAACCAAAACUAGCCAAUAUUGUAAUUCCCACUCAUACACUGGUUAUCCUCCCAACUAAUAGUUGUUUGAGUAGAAAAGAAGAGCAAUGGGCAGGAAAAAGAGGAAAAGGGAGCUAAGAACUAGACAGUGGUGCCUAGAAAUGAAUUCUACACUAGGAAAUAAUAGCACUGGAAUGAUGCCCACCACCUGGGUGAGGUACAUGGCACUUGAUGCAACAAAAUGAUUAUAAUAAAAACCAUAGUGAUGCAAAAAACUCUUAUAUUUACAUGAGGCAUUGGAAUUUGCAGAACAUUUUCAUGUCUUAUGACAUGUAUCCUCAGGAUGACUACAUAAAAAUGUUGAGUCCCACUUUGCAGCUGAUUACAAUUUAGGGAGCUUCAUUAACCUGUUCAAAACUGUAGCAUGAUUAGAUGGAAGAGCCAGGAUCUAAAGAUUUCUCAUAACCAGCCCUGUCCUUGUUUCACCACAAAACUUCAUGCAAAACAUAAACUAUAAAGCAAAGAAAUAAGCAGAAAUGAGCUUUGAAGUUUUACCAAACAAAAUAUAUUUUAAACAAAGAAACUGGCAUCCAUGUUUGUUUGUUUUAGUAGUCAUUCACAGAGAUCCUACCUGGGAUAGGAUUUAGUCUCCCCAUACUUCUGAACCAAUGAAGAGAAAAUGGGAAGCAAGGCUGAAGCAAAUUGAAGAACGAGCAUCCCAUUAUGAGAGGGAACCAUUGUCCUUGGUAUACAGACCAAGAUUGUCUAAGCCAGAAGAACCACCAUCCAUUUGGAAACUAUUUCAUCGGCAAACUCAAGCUUUUAAUUUUGUUAAAAGCUGUAAAGAGGACGUUCAUGUAUUUGCUUUGGAAUACAAAGUGGGCGAUGGACAACGUAUUUACCUCGUAACAACGUAUGCUCAACUUUGGUUUUACUAUAAAUCCCGAAGAAAUCUCUUACACUGCUAUGAAGUCAUUCCUGAAAAUGCUGUGUGCAAGCUUUAUUUUGGUUUGGAAUUUAACAGACUUGCCAAUCCAGGAGCUGAUGGGAAAAAGAUGGUUGCAUUACUCGUUGAGCAUGUUUGUAAAGCACUUCAGCAGUUUUACAGGGUUAGCUGUUCAGCUGAAGAUGUUCUCAACUUGGAUUCUAGCACCAAUGAAAAAUUUAGCCGCCAUUUAAUAUUUCAGCUCCAUGAUGUGGCAUUUAAAGAUAAUAUUCAUGUUGGUAAUUUUGUGAGAAAAAUGUUAGAGCCUGCUUUUCACUUAAUUGCUAGUGAAGAUGAUGAUAUGACUCCAGAGACAAUGGGCCAUGAAUUUUCCCAUUUUUCUGAAACACCAGUUAAACAAGGAAUUUCCUUUAGCAAAAAGUCCACAGAUAAGGAUAUGGGAGAGAGCUGGACAACGAAUUCAAAGAAACUGGAGAGGCUGGGGUCAGCUAAGCAAAGCAGUCCUGAUCUUUCAUUUUUAAUUGUGAAGAAUAAUGUAGGAGAAAAGCAUCUUUUUGUAGAUCUAGGAGUUUAUACAAGAAAUAGAAACUUUCGACUGUAUAAAUCAUCAAAAAUAGGAAAGUAUGUGCCUUUGGAGGUUGCUGAAGAUAACAAAUUUUAUCCUGUACAAUCGGAGAAUAUUUCCAAAGAAAACCAAUAUUUCCUCUCUGCUUUGGUCAGCAAUGUCAGAUUCUCAGAUACUUUACGAAUUCUGACAUGUGACAUAUCUCAAAAUAAACAACGAGUUGAGAAUUUUAACCAUACCAGUACUUCAGAAGGAAGGCCGACUACAGAGAGACUAAAGCUACAAUUGGCAAAGAAGGAGCAGCUACUUACAUUAGACAAGAUAGAAACCAUUGAAGGUUUUCAGUGUUCACCUUACCCUGAAAUUGAUCAAUUUGUUCUCUUGUUGGUGAAUAAAAAUGGCAUUAAAGGAGGAAUUCGGCGCUGGAACUACUUUUUCCCAGAAGAAUUAUUGGUUUAUGAUAUUUGUAAAUACCGCUGGUGUGAAAACAUUGGAAGAGCCCACAAGAGUGAUAAUAUCAUGAUUUUGGUUGACCUGAAAAAUGAAGUUUGGUAUCAAAAAUGUCAUGACCCUAUAUGUAAAGCAGAAAACUUCAAAUCUGACUGUUUCCCAUUACCUGCUGAAGUGCGUCUCCUGUUUCUUCUCAAAGAGGAAGAGGAGUUUACAACAGAUGAAACAAGGGACAAUGAAACCAAGAAUCCUCAUGAACCAUCAUCUAGUGCAUCGUCAAAAGGUACAUUUUCUGAUGCUGACUGGGAUAAUGGCAUUGAUGAUGCUUAUAUUCUGGAGGCUACAGAAGAUGCUGAACUGGCAGAAGCUGCAGAGAACAGUCUUCUCAGUUAUAAUGGAAUUGAUGAAAUUCCUGAUGAACUAAUUAUAGAAGUAUUACAAGAGUAGCUAAUUACGGACCCUUACAUAACUAGGCUGUAAUCUGCUUGAAAACAUUUAAUAACAAACUAGUAACUUAUAAAGCCUGUUGUAUCAGCUAAGUUUUAUUACUUUGCUUCCAAAUCUUAUUUAUUGAAGUAAACCAGUUUUAUUGAAAA